AUGGGUAUACCAAAUAUGUCAUUAUUCAAUUUAACACAAAAUGAAUGUAUAUGUGAAAUGUUGAAAUCCAAUGGAUUGAUUUCGGGAGUAAAUUAUUUUUCAUCCAAUCGGACUUGUCAAUUAUUUCGAUCUGGGAAUAGUUCAAUUGUGAUAAAAGUUAAUUUAAAUUCUUGUUUGAUAUAUAUUAAUCAGACAGUUAUAUCAACAACAACACGCAAUGUUAGCAACAAUAACUCACUGUUUGGUAAUCAAAGAACUUACUCAGCUGGUGCCACUCCAUAUUUUAUAGCUGUAGGCAAUCUGAAUAAUGACAGCACAGCUGAUAUUGCUGUAGCAAAUUAUGAUUCGAACACCGUUGGCAUUCUUUUCAACAUAGGCAACGGAAGUUUUUCUUCGCAAAGAACUUAUUCAGUUGGUCCCAAUCCAGCUUCGAUCGUAUUAUCUGAUCUUAAUAGUGACGAACAACUUGAUAUUGUAGUGACCAAUUUUGGUUCGAACACCAUCAGUGUUCUUCUUAAUAUUGGUAAUGGAACAUUUUCUUCCCAGAAAACAUAUUUAGUUAACGAUCAGCCAAUCUCAGCAGUGGUUGCUGACACAAACAAUGACAACAAAUCCGAUAUUGUUGUUGCAAACCUUUAUGCUGACAAUAUCAGCGUUCUUCGCAACUAUGGCAAUGGUACUUUUUCUCCUCAAACAACUUAUCCAGUCGGUAGCUUCCCAAGAGCAGUAACGGUGAGUGACAUUAGUAGUGACAACAAACCAGAUAUUAUCGUUGUAAAUGCGGAUUUAAACAAUAUUGGCGUUCUUCUCAACAUCGGCAACGGCACGUUUUCUUCCCAGAAAACAUAUCCAGUUGGUGAUAAUCCAAGAUCAGUAGUGGCUGGAGAUCUUAAUAACGAUGCGAAACCCGAUCUUGUAAUUGCAAACUAUGAUUCAAACACGACAGCUAUUCUUUUUAAUAAAGGUAACGGAACCUUUUCUUCUCCAACUAAUUAUUCAGUUGGCAUCGGCCCAAAAUCAGCAGUAUUAAGCGAUUUAAAUGAAGAUAACCAACUUGAUAUAAUAGUGACAAAUUAUGAUUCGAACACCAUCAGUAUUUUACUUAACAGCGGUAAUGGUACAUUUCGUCCUAAAAUUAACUAUCCAACUGGCGGCAGUCCAAGAUCAGGAGUGGCAGCCGAUGUAAAUAAUGAUAAUAAACCUGAUCUUAUUGUUGCAAAUGAAGUUUGGAACAAUAUCAGCGUUUUUUUACAUAAUUAA